GCCUGCUCAGAAACUCCCGCAGGUUAACGCAACUGUUGCGUAUUUGCGGAAGAUUUGCUGUCACUGAGGGAGGGGGGAAGAGAGAGACACCUGGCUGCUAUAAUUAGCCGCGUGCCCGGCCGGAUCUCGCCGCGUGCAGGCAGCAUAUGUUGGACCGCAGUGGGGUUGUCUGGGGGGCGCGUGACUGUCUCCCGUCACUUCCGCGUCUGUCAAAGGUGUAGCAGGAGGCUGCGGAGGAGGCGAAGCGGGCGUCCUAAUGCAGGUGAGCCCGCCUGACGCCUGUCGGAGUGACGGACGGACGGGCGUCCAGCAGCAGCAGACGCUAGCUUAACGUCCUCGGCUAAUUCCUUCCCGCGGCGCGUUUACCGGCUCGCGGGGCUUGUCUGCGUGUUUGCCAGCGGCUCCGGACGCCGCGGCCCGCAGGAGCAGAGCGGGGAUUUGUGAGCUGCGGAGCCGUCAUUCCGAUGCCCGCCGAGGCGGGCGGCCGGCGGAGGCUACAUGGAGGCUAACUAACCACCGGAGACCGGACUGCGGUACAUCACGGCAACAUGCCAGCCGGCGUCUGUGGCUGCUGCGGGCCGCUGAGGCCGAGGUACAAACGCCUGGUGGACAACAUCUUCCCAGAGGACCCCAAAGAUGGCCUCAGUAAGUCCGACAUGGAGAAGCUGACCUUCUACGCCGUGUCGGCUCCGGAGAAGCUGGACCGGAUCGGAGCCUAUCUGGCCGAGAGGCUGAGCAGAGACGUGGUACGACACCGAUAUGGGUACGUGGUGAUCGCCAUGGAGGCUCUGGACCAGCUGCUGAUGGCGUGUCACUCCCAGAGCAUCAAACCCUUCGUGGAGAGUUUCCUGCACAUGGUCGCCAAGCUUCUGGAGUCCAGAGAGCCCGACCUGCAGGUUCUAGGAACCAACUCGUUUGUGAAGUUUGCCAACAUUGAGGAAGACACGCCGUCUUACCAUCGGCGUUACGACUUCUUCGUCUCCCAGUUCAGCGCCAUGUGCCACUCCACUCACGAAGACCCUGAAACCAGAACCAGGAUCCGUGUGGCUGGGAUUAAAGGUCUCCAAGGUGUGGUGAGGAAGACUGUGAACGACGAGCUGCAGGCCAUCAUCUGGGAGCCGCAGCACAUGGACAAGCUGAUUCCCUCCAUGCUGUUCAACAUGCAGGACAGCGACGAGCUGGACAGGGCGGGGCACCCCAGCACCCCUUCCGUGGCGGGGCAGGAUGGCGAGGAGAACCCCGCCGUUCUGGCUGAGAACUGUUUCCGGGAGUUGCUGGGCCGAGCGGCGUACGGGAACAUGAACAACGCGGUCCGGCCUGUGCUGGUUCACUUGGACAACCAUCACCUGUGGGAUCCCAAUGAUUUUGCCGUCUCCUGCUUCAGAAUCAUCAUGUACUCCAUCCAGGCUCAGCACUCGCACCACGUCAUCCAGCAGGUCCUCAACCACCUGGACACCAACAACAAGAGCAUGCCCCGCGUCCGCGCCGGCAUUGUCCAGGUCCUGCUGGAGACCGUGGCCAUCGCCGCCAAAGGCUCUGUGGGUCCCACGGUGCUGGAGGUGUUCAACACGCUGCUCAAACACCUGCGGAUGAGCGUGGACUUUGAGCUGGGCGAGAGCUCCCGGAGGAACUCUGCCUGCAGCGUUUCCUCUGGGCGCGGGAAGGAGAGUGAAGAGCGCAUCGUCCAAAACGCCAUCAUCCAGACCAUCGGCUUCUUCGGGGGAAACCUGCCGGACUACCAGCGCGCUGAAGUCAUGAUGUUCAUCAUGGGGAAGGUGCCCGUGUACGGCACGCCCUGCCACACCCUGGACACGGUGAAGAUUGGGCAUCGGGGCACCAAGCGGAUCCAGACCAUGCUGCUGAGCUCCCUCAUCAUGGUGACGUCUGGCUUCAAGUCCAAGUCCAUGUCGGCCGCUUUGCCGCCCUCCUUCUUGGAUCCGCUCUUCUCCAUCUCCCUGAUGGAGGACAGCGAGCUGAGGCAGCUGGUGCUGGAGAUCCUGCACAACAUCAUAGAUCGCCAUGACAACCGCGCCAAGCUCCGUGGCAUCAGGAUUAUCCCAAACGUGGCGGCGCUGAAGAUCAAGAGGGAGAAGAUUUCCAAGCAGGACGUAGCAUUCAUGAAAAAGCACGGCCAGCAGCUCUACCGCCACAUCUACCUGGGCUGCAAAGAAGAAGACAACAACCACAAAAACUUUGAGCUGCUCUUCACAACCCUCGCCAUCGUCACCAUCGAGCUGGCCAACGAGGAAGUUGUGAUCGACCUGAUCCGGCUGUCCGUCGCUCUGCAGGAAAUGUGUCUGAUGAAUGAGGAGAACAUGCCAAUAACCAUCCGCUGUGGCAUCAUGGCAUCCGUGGCAGCGUACCUCAACUUCCUGAGUCAGAUGAUCGCCAACCCUCCAUUCUGUCAACACGUCAGCAAGGUCAUUGAAAUGAGAAGCGUGGAAGCUCCCUUCCUCCUGCCUGAACACAUUUUCAGAGACAAGUGUCCACUUCCUGAAUCGCUGGACAAGGAGGACAAACAUCUGUAUUUCCAGACGGGCGACAUCGCAGAGUGUCUGGCAGGACCGGGAUACAACGCAGAGAGGCUGUCCGUCCCGUACAUUCCCCAGGUCACAGACCGACUGACCAGGAGGAAGAGUUUUGUUGACACCAUCUCCCUGCAGGUGGACAUCAUGUCCAACAGCCUCCCAGAUAAGCAGUCACAGCUGGCUGAAGAGAUCACCUUUGCCACCCUGAAGAAGGCCAUUGACACCACCGGUCUGGAGGAGCAGGAGAGGGAGAAGAGGCGUCAGGUGAUGGAGAAGUUCCAGAAAGCUCCGUUUGAGGAGAUUGCAGCUCACUGCGAGUCCAAGGCAAACAUGCUGCACAACCGUCUGGCUCAGAUCUUUGAGCUCACCAUCCGGCCUCCCCCCAGCCCGUCCGGAGUGGUCUCCAUCUCGGCGGGGCUCACUCAGCAUCCGUCCGUCCCCGUCUAUGAGAUGAAGUUUCCAGACCUGUGCGUCUACUGAACGCAGCUCCCACGCCUGCGACUACAGUCUGCGCUCCAGAAAAAGAGGGAGGAAGUGAUGCAGUCAGGGGGGAGAACCCGCAGGAAGUCUGUCCGUCCCUAAAACCUGUACAAUCAACCUCUGCAAACCACUUCCUCAUCUUUGAGUUCUUAGAGAUGUUAAACAUCUGUACUUGUCUCUGAGUCACGUCCAUGAAGCAAAGUGAACUUUGUGUCACCGAGAACAAAAAAAAGUAGGAAAAGCCAAAAAAUUGCUGUGUCAUGGUUUUUCUGCAGAUCUACACAUCGUUUAUCGGUAGAGCAGCUUGUACAUAAACGCCACGCAAAGACGAGCGCUUAGAAAUGAAUCAAAGCAGCUUCUGCCUGACUCUGGCUGCUCAGCUCCUCUCCCUAUAGUCCUGUCAUGUAUAGAACACAUCAACACUAGACAUGCACGAUGACGGAGGGGAAGGGCUGUGAGAUACUUUUCAGAAUCGGAUCCAGAUCAGGAUGAAGGUUUGUGAUGGAAAAAGAAAGUCAGUGAUGGAAACUAAAUGUGAUUUCAGAUGUUUGGUAAAUGAAGGCGAAUUGCAGCACUAAACUGUGAUUCUUUUAAUUUACGGUUUGAUCUCUAAGAUGAAUGGAAAUGUGUUAAAGAUGCUCUAAAUCAUACAAAAUGUAGCUUAGAAUCAGAAAUGAUCCAGAUGACCGAAUGUUUGAUCAGCCUCUAAAGCACUUAAAGUCACAGAGAUCCUGAGGUGGCUCCAAAUGAAGCUUCUGGAUUCUCCAACUUCAAUCACGGCAGCAGAAUGUUCACGUUAAGUUUGGUUCCAAUGAAGGCGUUUGAAGUGUACUCUCAGCCUGCACAGCUUGACCUACAUGUUCGGAUAGAAAAUACUCCAAGAACUCGAUGGAGCAUCGAAGACGACCUGACGUGAACGACCUCCACAAGCUAAAAUCCUAAAAACACAUUUCAAACAUGUUAGCUCAGCUAUUUAAGAGCAAUAAAAUCAGCACCUAAACUUCUGCACGAGCUCUCUGGAGUUCUGUAGGUCAAGCUGUGCUGAGUGAGACGCUUUCAGUGUCUCACUGAGAUCGCUGCUCAAGCUAAAGCUAAUCAUGAUCAGAUGUGAUCCAGUUAGAAACUGGAGAAGAAUCCAGCGUUUAAUUCCAGGAAACUCUUCCUGGUUUGGGUUCAGACUUGGCAACACGGAUGCUGGAAAACCGACAUUUUUGCUGAAAAACAGCCUGACGUCAGCCUCCAUCAGCCUAAAUCUUAGCUUCUCACUGAAACACGUAAAGGAGUUUAGAAAGUCGGUUCGUGCUGAUGCGUCGUCGGCAGUAAAUCUUUUGUUUUUUCUGCAUCGUGAAAGCGUCGCCUGCUGGAGCAGAGAUCAAAAGGCCUUUUGUUUUUUUAACUUGUAGAGCGUUCUAUCAUUCUGUGGAUGAGAUGGAAACAGUUUUAAUGUAUAUCUGUAGUCAGAGUCUAUUUUUGAAAUCUGUGCAAUGUGCUAAUUUUAGCUCUAAGAUUCACUGAAACACCAUCUGCAAAAAACAACUAUUUUUCAUUGAUUAGUCAGUAAAUGGUGAUCGAUCACCUCAUAUCAAGUAAAAUACAUCAACACAGACCAGCCUGUUUAAAAAAAGUGUUUUUAUUUUGAAUGUCUAGGAGUAAAUGAACAGAAACCAGCUUCUUCAUGUUUGUCGUGACGUUUUUUGUCUAAGGCGGAUGGCUGCUGUUCACGCUCUGCUCGCAAACAAGCCGCACUAAAGGGAAAAUCAUUCUGAGCCACAUCAGAAGAAGCUUCCCGUCUUUACGUUCAUGUUGGAGACAUCAAAUAAAAUGUUUUUGUGGA